AUGAAUAAUCAAUAUCAAUCUCAGCAGCAACCAAUGGGGUUCAAUCCUCAACAAACGGGGUAUGCUGGUGGAUUUGGUCAACAGCCUCAACAACAACAGUUUCAACAAACAGGGUUUUACCAGCCUCCUUUACAAACUCAAUCGACGGGUUUCUAUCCCCAGGCUACCCAAUACAAUUCAUUUCAACAACCACCAAUAAGUUAUGGUGCUGCACCUCAAUUACAACCUCAACAAACUGGUUUCAUUGCAACCCAGCCUACCGGAUUUGGAAGUUCUGCUCCUACUGUUCUUGAAAAUAGUGAAUUGAAGAUUCCAAGUAUAAGAUUGUCAUUUAUUACAGCUGAUGAUCAAAAGAAGUUUGAACAUCUCUUCAGAGCUGCUGUUCCAAAAGGUGAACAAGCCAUUUCAGGUGGAGAUGCAAGUAGUAUUUUAUUGAGAUCAGGCUUACCUCCAGUAACAUUAGCGGAAAUAUGGUCUCUUUCAGAUACUAAUAAGACAGGUUCUUUACUUUUCCCUGAAUUUGCUUUAAGUUUACAUUUAUGUAAUAUGGCUAAAAGAGGUGAUAAUUUACCUUCAUUUCUUCCUGAAAAAUGGUCCAAUGAAGUAAAGAGUUUCGUUGAUGCCAUUAAUUUUACCGUUCCUGAAGAUCCUUCAAAGAUUUUAGCAAAUACUCCGUUCGCCGGUUAUGCUCCACCAGGUCCCAAUGAUUGGAUGAGUUCAGUUGCACCUCCAACCACUUCAUUUCAACCACAAGCUACUGGUUUUGGCGCUGGUGGCUUGACAGCUCAAAGAACUGGUUCACUUCCAUCAACUUCAUUUGGGGUUUCACCUUUGGUAUCACAAAGAACUGGUGGUGGUACUUUGAUUCCAUUACAACCUCAACAAACCACAGGACUUAUUCCAACACAAAAGACAGGAUCAUUGAUGGGUCAAUCAACUAGUUUUCAAGGAUCUAAUUUGCAAUCAACCGGUUUUCAAAAUCAAUUUCAGCAACCUCCUAGUUUACAAGCUCAAGUCACAGGCUUUCAAAGUAAUCCUUUAAAUUCACAAAGAACAGGUCCGUUACAAUCACAAAGUACUGGUUACCAAUCUCAACCUCCUGCCACUGGUUUUCAAUAUCAACCAACAGGUCCUUUGGUUGCUCAACCUACUGGUAAACCGGGUGAAUGGGGAUUUGUGUCUAUGCCUACGGGUGGUAUUCCAGGUUUGAAUGCCAUGGAGCAACAUUUCUUACCUGACGCUCUGUUGUCAUCCAAUAAUUUACAGAAUGUUAUGGGUGGUACAUUGAAGUCAAAUGUUACAUGGGCUAUCACCAAGCAAGAAAAGCUGAUUUAUGAUGGAAUUUUCCAAGCUUGGGAUCAAUCUAGAAAAGGUUAUGUUGAAGGUGGUGUUGCAUUAGAUAUUUUCAGUAAAUCAGGAUUAAGUAGAUCUGAUCUUGAAAGUAUCUGGAAUUUAUCUGAUACUAGUGAUAGAGGGAAAUUAAAUAAAGAUGAAUUCGCAGUUGCAAUGCAUUUAGUUUAUAGACGUUUGAAUGGAUUUGAUCUUCCUUUAAGACUCCCACCUGAAUUAGUUCCUCCUUCAAAUAAAUUAUUACAAGACUCCAUGGAUACUCUUAAGAAUUCUUUAAGAGGUGGAACUGCAUCCAAAGCCAGUACUUCAACACAAUCUAAACAAGUUAAAUCUGAUGCUUCGAGAUAUAAAAAUGAUGAUAGCGAUUUUGGAUAUGUUUCAAAUUCUCGUCAUAGAAGAAGGAAUACUUAUGAAGAUGAAGAGCCAAAAAGCAGUGUAAAAUCAUCAUCAGAUUCAGACUUGUCCAUUCAAGAGUUGAAAAAACUUAUUCGUGAAAAGAAGAUAUUAUUAGCUGCAGUUGAUGCAGAAGAUCAAGAUCUGAACAUUUCUAGACAGAGAGAAGAUUCAAGUAAUUUACAAGCUAUUGAAAAUUUGAAAUAUCAAAUUAAGGAAUCUCAAGAAAAGUUAGUUAGCCGAGGUAUUGCCAAUGAUUCACAUGAUUCUCAAAAAAGUUUAUUAGACAAGCUUAACAAUUUGACUCGUGAUAAAGUUCCUGUUCUCAUUACUAAUAUUCAUAAAGUAAAUCAAGAUAUUGCUAACUCUAAGAUUGAAUUGUUCAAAUUGAAAUUGUCAAAAUCAAAUCCAGGAUGGCGUCCUGGUAAUGAUGAAUCAUCUAUAGUUGGAUCAGGUCCAAACGGUGAAGUUACUGAUUUAGAUAGAAAGAAGUUCCACUCUAAGCAACUCUUACAACAACGUAUUGCUGCAUUGACAGGUAAGUCUUCCAAUUCAGGAUCUAAUUCUGAUUUAGACAUCCAAUUAAAACAAGAAAAUGAUAAAGCAAAGCUUGAAAGUGAGAAUCAAACUUCUAUGAUCAAGGAUAUUGAAGGAAGUAUCAAAGAAUUAGAACAAGAGUGUGCAGUGCAUCUUCAAACAACUAGCAAGGAAGACAUUGGGUCAGAUAAAUGGGAAAAGGGAGCCGGAGUUUCAUCACAAGUUGCAAGCUUUAUAAGAGAUUUAGCCAGUGUUGGAGCUACUAACAACAAUAAUAAUACCAAUGGUGGAUCAUCAGCAUAUGCAAAGCAAGCAGCCACUGCUCCUAAGAGUGAAAGCGUUCCAACAUCUUCUGCUGGUUCUGCUCCAGGAAAAUAUUCUUCAGCUGAAGAAAGAACUGCCUAUAUCAAAGCUCAAGCUGAAAAGAGAAUGAAUGAAAGAUUAGCUAAACUUGGAAUUUCUAGACUGAAAGGUACAACUGUAUUGCCACAAGUUAAUUCAACUCCAGAAGUUGCUCCUAAGCCUGUCAACAAUGUCCCGGAAGUUAAAGCUAUUCCAAAAGCACCAGAAGUUCAAGCUAAAGCUGUCGAACCUCCAGUAUCCAAUAAUGUUCAAGCAGAAGACUCAUCUGAUGAUGAAGAUGAUUCUGAAUAUGCAGCUUUGUUAAAACAAAAACAAGAGAUGGAAGCUCGUGAAAAAGAACGUAAACUUAAAAAGAAACAAUUAAAAGAAGAACGUCUUGCCAAAAUAAAAAAGGAGAUGGCCGCUUUUGAAAGCAAGGAUGAUGAUAAAGAUUCAGACGAAGAGCCAGUUGUAUCAGUCCCAACUUAUGGUCCAGGAUAUCAACUGAAGGCAGUUAAUAAGGUAGAGGAACCGGUUGCACCAGCUAAGGUCGAAGCUGCCCCAGCCAGUUCAACAACGAAAUCACACGAUAGUAAUCCUUUUGCUAAGAUGAAUACUCCUGCUUCAAAUUCUAAUCCGUUCUUUAAGCCUGCUGCUAAAGUUGAUCCAUUAGAUGCAAAGGAAGCAGAAAAGCAAAGAGCUUCACAAAGAGGCUUGUCUGCAAAUGAUUGGAGUGAUGAAGAUGAUUCUGAUAGUGAAGAUGAAGCACCAAAUAGAGCUGGUGCAGCUCAAUUAGCUAGUCUUUUGUUUGGUGGAAUGUCUCAACCUGUAACAAAGUCAAGUACAAGUACUCCUAGGGAAGAAGUUUCUAGUUUUGACAUACCACCUACCACUGAAGCUCCAAAGCAACCUUCAACUAAUGGUGAGAGUACUUCAGCUGCGGUUAUACCACCGGUUCCAGAAGUUCCAGUUUUAUCUCAAGAAGCUCCUACUUUACCAACCGAUGUACCACCUCCUCCUCCAUCAGGAUUUGCACCACCACCUCCACCACCACCACCUCCUCCAACUGAUUUUGCACCACCGCCGCCACCACAAGCUGGUUUUGCACCACCGCCGCCACCACCAACCGAAGCACCACCAGUUCCAGGUGGAGCACCACCUCCACCUCCACCUCCACCACCAUCUGGAUUUGCUCCUCCAAUUCCUAAUGGUGCUCCACCUCCACCGCCACCGCCACCACCACCUCCCGCAUUAACUGCUGCUCCAACUGGAGGAGCUCCUAACAUUUCAGCUCUUCUUGGACAAAUAACAGGUGGUAAAUCAUUAAAGAGAGUGGACCCAAGUGAGCAAAGAAUUGUUGAAGGUCUUAGUGGUAGAGUUGUAUAA